GGUCCCUGCAGCUGGGCAGCAGUGUUGCUGGGUCAGCAGGUCUGAUGUGUUGCUUCUUGUUGAACAGAUUGAGGAAUGGGCGUGUGGUCCGCUGUGGGCAGUACGAUGCCCUGGUCGAACUGGCCACUAUCUGUGCCUUGUGUAAUGACUCGGCGCUGGAUUACAACGAGGUAAAAGGAACGUACGAGAAGGUGGGCGAGGCGACUGAGACUGCCCUCUGCUGCCUGGUGGAGAAGAUGAACGUGUUCGACACGAACCUCAAAGAUCUGACCAAGGUGGAGAGGGCCAACGCCUGCUGCUCA